AUGCCAGCUUCACGCUCUCCCUCCCCGGAAAACGACGUCUUCGCCAUCUCUACCGCCCUCGUUCCUGAACGCAUCAACAAACAGGCCGCUACCACCAGCCUGACCUUCGAUGAUCUCCUCCCUCCCGAUACUCCUCUUCUCCUCCAUGAGGACCUUCAAAAAGGAUGCGGAGGCAAACUAUGGCCAGCGGGAAUGGUGCUCUCCAAAUAUAUGCUCAAAUACCAUAAGUCAAAGUCACUCCUGGGCAAGUCAAUAGUCGAGAUAGGUGCGGGUGGCGGCAUUGUAGGACUGGCCGUCGCGCUGGGCUGCGAUAGUGACCGCAAAAUCUUCAUCACAGACCAAUCGCCUAUGUUGGCACUGAUGCAGAAGAACAUCGCGUUGAAUCAUCUCGAAGAUAGUGUUGUGGCCGAGAUAUAUGAUUGGGGCACCCCUCCACCCUCAAAUAUUCUGCCCAAAGGAACUGAACAUCCUGACAUUGUCCUCGCUGCUGAUUGCGUCUACUUUGAGCCUGCGUUCCCUCUCCUAUUGCAAACGUUGGGAGAUCUUAUUGGACCCUUGACAACGUGCUACUUCUGCUUCAAGAAGAGGAGGAAAGCUGAUAUGCGCUUUAUCCGCGAUAUGAUGAAAAAGUUUGCUGUGGAACCAAUUGCGUAUGAUGGGCGAGAAAGCGAUGAAAGAGAAUGCAUAUUUUUGUACCGAGUACGAAGAAAAGAUAAGGCGAUACAAUGA